AUGAGAAGAAUGCUUUUCAAAUAUACAAAAUUCGCCGCUCUUCCUGAUGAAUUGAUCAUUGAUAUUUUGGGACGUGUAGCUGCAUCUUCCCUUGUUGAUUUCUUCAAUGCUAAAUUGAGUUGCAAAAUAUUAAAUCAGAUUGGGGAAGAUGGAUACAUAUAUCAAAGAGCAAAUUUAGAAAAAAUUCCAACAGCAAAUUGGAAACCAAUGAGUCAUGGCCAAAAAGCUUUCUUGAGUAAAUGUAAAAAAUAUAAAAAUCCAGAAAUCAUGUUCAGAAAAGCAGUGGUUGCUUACUUCAAAGAAACAGAUAUUGUUUCAUGCACAGUAAAUUUAAAUAAAGCUCUAAAAUUGGGACAUUUUGGGGCAAUUUACUUUACUGCCCUUGUCAUAAUAUUCAUUGGGGAAGAUCAGUUAAAACAUAAAGGGAUUGAAUUAAUGGGAAAAUUGAAGAGAUGUAGUAAUUUAAAUGAAAAGAUGCCAUAG